AUGGAUCUAUCUAUCUAUCUAUCUAUCUAUCUAUCUAUCUAUCUAUCUAGUGAGUCUCCGUCUUUUCGCGCCAACCCCACCUCCAUCAUGUCUCUGAGUGAAAGUAAAAAAUCCAAUGACGUCUGCUUCUUCAACAUAACUUUUAAUGCUAAGGAACAUACGCAUUUACUUACGGUCAAAUCAACCUGCAUCUCUUUCCCGCACCAUCAACAUUUUUCUUCUUCUUCUUCUUCUUCUUCUUCUUCUUCUUCGUCGUCGUCUACUACUACAACUACUGAUAAUAAUAAUUCUUUAUUCUUCUUUCUUUUUUCCUUCCUUAUUUUAUCUACUUUUUCGUUUAUUCUCUUCGUACUCUUUCUUGAUAUUAUUCUUCUCCUUCUUCUUUUCAUUUUUCGUCUUCACUUUUGCAUGUUCACUCUUCUUACUCUUCUUAAUCUUUCUUCUUCUUCUUCUUCUUCUUCUUCUUCUUCUUCUUCUUCUUCUUCUUCUUCUUCUUCUUCCACUACUAAUAAUAGUUCUUCAUUUCUUUUCUAUCCUUCCUUCUUUUCUUUCUUCUUCUUCUUCUUCAGCAUUUUUCUUCGUUUCCUUAAAUUUGUUUUUUUUCUUCUUCGUGUAUUCCCCGUCUUUCAUAUUCCUGUCUUUAUCAUCAUACACAUUCCUCUUCUCAUUGUUGUUGUUGAUGAUAUUGCUAUUUCUUCUUCCUCUUCUUUUUUCUUCAUAUCGUUGUUGUUGUUUUUUCUUCUUCUUCUUCUUCUUCUUCUUCUUCUUCUUCUUCUUCUUCUUCUUUUUCUUCUUGUCUUCUUCUUCUUUUUCUUCUUCUUCUUCUUCCUUCUUCUUCUUCUUCUUUCUUCCUUGUUAUCUUAUGUCUCCUCUUGCUCCACCUCCUCAGUUUUCUUCUUCUCCUCUCCCUCUUAUUCCUCCUCCUCGUCCUUCUUCUUCUUUUUCUUCCUUGUUAUCUUCUAUGUCUCCUCUUGCUCCACCUCCUCAGUUUUCUUCUUCUCCUCUCCCUCUUAUUCCUCCUCCUCGUCCUUCUUCUUCUUUUUCUUCCUUGUUAUCUUCUAUGUCUCCUCUUGCUCCACCUCCUCAGUUUUCUUCUUCUCCUCCCCCUCUUAUUCCUCCUCCUCGUCCUUCUUCUUCUUUUUCUUCCUUGUUAUCUUCUAUGUCUCCUCUUGCUCCACCUCCUCAGUUUUCUUCUUCUCCUCUCCCUCUUAUUCCUCCUCCUCGUCCUUCUUCUUCUUUUUCUUCCUUGUUAUCUUCUAUGUCUCCUCUUGCUCCACCUCCUCAGUUUCUUCUUCUCCUCUCCCUCUUAUUCCUCCUCCUCAUCCUUCUUCUUCUUUUUCUUCCUUGUUAUCUUCUAUGUCUCUUCUUGCUCCACCUCCUCAGUUUUCUUCUUCUCCUCCCCCUCUUAUUCCUCCUCCUCGUUCUUCUUCUUCUUUUUUUCCUUGUUAUCUUCUAUGUCUCCUCUUGCUCCACCUCCUCAGUUUUCUUCUUCUCCUCCCCUCUUAUUCCUCCUCCUCGUUCUUCUUCUUCUUUUUUCUUCCUUGUUAUCUUCUAUGUCUCCUCUUGCUUCUUCUCCUCAGUUUUCCUUCUUCUCCUUCCCUCUUUUUCCUCCUCCUCCUCCUUCUUCUUUUUCUUCCUUGUUAUCUUCUAUGUCUCCUUUUUCUUCCACCUCCUCAGUUUUCUUCUUCUCCUCCCCUCUUAUUCCUCCUCCUCGUUCUUCUUCUUCUUUUUUCUUCCUUGUUAUCUUCUAUGUCUCCUCUUGCUCCACCUCCUCAGUUUUCUUCUUCUCCUCCCCCUCUUAUUCCUCCUCCUCGUCCUUCUUCUUCUUUUUCUUCCUUGUUAUCUUCUAUGUCUCCUCUUGCUCCACCUCCUCAGUUUUCUUCUUCUCCUCCUCAUCUUCUUCCUCGUCCUCGUCCUUCUUCUUCUUCUUCUUCUUCUUCUUCUUCUAUGUCUUCUCUUGCUCCACCUCCUCAGUUUUCUUCUUCUCCUUCCCCUCUUCUUCCUCCUCCUCGUCCUUCUUCUUCUUCUUCUUCUUCUUCUUCUUCUUCCUUGUUAUCUUCUAUGUCUCCUCUUGCUCCACCUCCUCAGUUUUCUUCUUCUCCUUCCCCUCUUCUUCCUCCUCCUCGUCCUUCUUCUUCUUCUUCUUCUUCUUCUUCUUCUUCUUCUUCUUCCUUGUUAUCUUCUAUGUCUCCUCUUGCUCCACCUCCUCAGUUUUCUUCUUCUCCUUCCCCUCUUCUUCCUCCUCCUCGUCCUUCUUCUUCUUCUUCGAGUGGUUUAUGA